AUGACUAACUCCCUCCAACGGUUGCAGGCACUAGGGCAGUCCGUGUGGUUCGAUAACAUUCGCAGAGGCUUUAUCAGGUCGGGUGAACUGCAGCGUUUGGUAGAUUUGGGAGUGAGUGGUCUGACUUCCAACCCAUCCAUAUUCGAAAAGGCGAUUACCGAGAGCAGCGACUAUGACUGGGCGCUACUUGACCUUGCGCUUGCUGGCAACAGCGCAACGGAGAUUUUCGAGAGUCUUGCCGUUGAGGAUAUACGCGAUGCUGCAGACCUUCUUCUCCCCGUAUAUGAACGUACCGCAGGUGCGGAUGGAUUUGCUUCCAUAGAAGUCAGCCCGCUCCUCGCGAACGAUACUGAGGGCACUGUCGCGGAAGCACAAAGACUCCACGCAACUCUGCAGCGCCCUAAUGUGAUGAUAAAGGUUCCUGCUACUCCUGCUGGAAUACCUGCCAUCCGACAACUCAUCAGUGACGGCAUCAACGUCAACGUUACUCUCAUUUUCUCGUUGGAUGCCUAUGCUGAGGUGCGUGAGGCGUAUGUCAGCGGACUGGAAGAAUUGGAACUUGCGGGAGGAGAUCCGUCUCACGUGUCAUCGGUAGCGUCGUUUUUCGUGAGCCGCAUAGAUGCAUCUGUUGACGGCAAGUUGGACCAGCUAAUUGAUUCCGGAAUUAGAGAAUUGGAAGGACUGAUGGGCAAAGCCGCUAUCGCCAAUGCCAAAAUGGCGUACCGUGACUUUGCCCAAACCUUCAGCAACGACAGGUUUGCAGCGUUGGCAACUGCAGGGGCGCGUGUACAGCGCCCGCUGUGGGCGAGCACCAGCACGAAGAACCCCGAGUAUAGUGAUGUUCUGUAUGUCGAUGAACUAAUUGGGCCAAACUCUGUAAAUACCCUUCCGGAUGUUACGCUCCAUGCGUUCCUCGAGCACGGGCAACCCGAGAACAACCAUAGACCAUGA